AUUAAAUUUCUUGGCAAACUGUACACCUGUGUAUCAGCACUUUCGGUGUUAUUACAUGUACAGAUAAGGAUUUGAUCCCCUCAUUCAAGUCAUUCGCCCCUUAUUUCUGUCACUGGACGGUCAGUAAGGACUAGAAGCUAGUUGCUAGUUUAUGAUGGCUGGAAGAGUGCAGAGCAUCAAAGAUGGUGAUGAUGAUGUGAGAAGGUGUCUGUGGGUAGCUGAAGAAAAAGUUGAUGAUAUUUUACUUGAAAUAAAAAAGCAAAAGACUUCUAUUGAAAUAACUGGCCCAAUAAAAAAUUUAAAAUAUUUUUGGGUGUCUGGUAAAAAAGAAGCGAUUGAAAAGAUCUGUCAUGAUUGUGCUAAGCAUUCUAUGUCUGCAGAAGAUCCCCACACCAACAAAGAUGAUCCUUGCAGAGUAAAAUGCUUACUACAGGAGCCACUUGAUACACAAUGGAAGCUGGGAAUAACAUUGCAAUGUCACUUUAUUUUGCCUCAUGAUAAAAGCAAUAAAACAACCGUUGAAAACAUCAUUAAGAAACUUGGUGACACAGAUCAUCGUUAUACAGAAUCAGUCAUUGCUUAUGACAUCAAGCUAGUUCAAGCAUCUCCUGCAUGGCAAUACACUGCCCAAGGAGGUGGGGAAGUUACACUGCAAGAACAGCUUUACAUCAAAGCAUUGAUUGAUAUCAAUAGCUUUAGAUCGGACUGUAAUUUUAUUUGCCCUGACAAGGUGCACAGUGAUAUUUAUGAAGUGUUGACAAAAAUGUGGUCCAACUGCACAAUUAGCAUGCAAGAGAUUCCACCUCCAUGAGUUAAAAAUUAAUUUCUUUUUUAAAAAAUUGACAGCUAGAGAUUUAUAUUUACAUGAUAAUAUAAUAAAAAUAACAUUUUUUCUGAUAAUAAUAUAGCAAUAAAAUAAACCAGCAAAUUUUGUAGCAUGUGCCCACUGCUUACUUUUUAGCUGCUUUAGCAAUCCUCUUUCUUCUUUUAUAAUACUUGUAUAAAUAAUAGA